AUGCUCUAUACAAAACAUCCGCUCCAUUUUGAUGGAGAAGUAGAUAGCAAAUACGAAGCUGUUCGGAAAGCUUUUGAGCAGAACUUUAUCGAUGAGUCAGAAAGAGAAGGAGCGUCUCUGGCAGUUUACGUAAAAGGCCGAAAGGUGGUGGAUUUGUGGGGCGGUUAUGCUGACAAAGAAUCUGCGCGAAUAUGGAAAAAAGAUACGAUGAGCGUUGUGUUUUCUACAACUAAAGCUGUAGCGGCCGUUUGUAUUGCGCUUUUGUUCGAUAGGGGAAGACUUAGAUACGACGAUCUUGUCUCCAAGCAUUGGCCUGGUUUUGCUAAAAAUGGCAAAGAAAAUAUCACCAUUGAAAUGGUGAUGUCUCACAUGUCAGGCUUGUACUAUUUCGAUACACCUAUUACUGAAGAAAUGGCCACAAAUCACAACCUCAUGAGGAAAAUGAUAGAAAACGAAGCCCCAAAAUUCCCCCCGGGAACCAGACUCGGAUAUCAAGCGCUCACUUAUGGCUGGCUUGUCGAUCAAAUUAUUAGGCAUACAGACGAGAAGAAACGCGGAAUUGGACAAUUUUUAAGGGAAGAAAUCGCUGAGCCAAACGGUACCUCUGCAAGCAACUUGCCUUAA